AGCGUCCAAUUUUUUAAUAAACAAUUGAUUUUCAUCAUCGUUCCAAGGUCCGGAGAAACCUAUCCAUUUUCCCGUUUCGUCGGCUCAACACCGGAUUAUAUGUAUUCUCUCAGGGAUGUCAGUUCAGCUUUGCCGCGAGCACAAUAGUCGUUGGACAGCGAAGAGACAGACGUAUUUCAAGAUAAGACGAGGUACAUUGUCCAGUAGCACAUUUACGUGGGCAGAAAAGAAGACGAGGGCGAUCGCGACCAAGAUAAGACGACGGAACGUACGAGCGUGCUCGAACGUAACUUUUAAUUUCUGAAUUAAAUCUAUCGGUCGAGGAGGAUCGCGUCGAAGCAAGAUGACCCAGAUUCCCUACGGAAAGCGAGUCCCUCGGCUCUACCUGUUGCACUCCGUCCCCCGACGAACACCCUUCGUACGAACACCUGAAAUCGUCUGUUUCCGACUCCCAGUUCCAAUGAUUAAUGACAAAUUACCAUUCAUUCCCGCGUAAGAAACGCGCAUCGGGUAUCUCUCGCGAAGGAUUACGCGUUCGUAUGAAUUAAUCUCAACAAGACGGAUCUCCCGUCGGUGAUCCUCAGCCAAGACGUCACGUCACAACGUGAGAUCCAGCGAAAUGAAACAAAUGAUGAAAUGAAAAUAAUCCUGACGCUUGAAUAUUCAUAGAGAUCCACGUCUCCAUUUAAACUCGCGAUUCACGUACCAAUUCACGACUCUCGAUUAAAUACACACAUCAAUUCAUUCGAAUCUCUUCUAAAGUGUCCGAACGUAACGUGUCGAUCAAUUCCUACGUCGACCUCUCGUGUAAUCCAAGUUUUAUUAAGAAACUCUGCUGCGUCUCGUUAAUGAUCGACUCGUACUACUGAAAUGUCGCGAUUCUUUUGUACAACGUCAAUUUUAUUAAGAAAAUCUGCUGCGUUUCGUUAAAAGUCGAACGAUAACACUGGACACGAUCUAUCCAAAGUGCAAUCGAAAUCCCACGUCGACAUCUUUGCACGAUACGAAUUGUAUUAAAAGAGUCUGCGACGUUUCGCUAAUGGUCGACUCGUACUACUCACAGUCCUUGGAGGAACGAUCGAACGAGAUCUUCAGAUUCUGUUCACGAUCGAACGAUCGUCGUCGACGAUUCCGAUGACAAGGGAGCCCGAGAGGCGGUACGACGAUUUUUUCGGCGAUCGGUUUCUCAAGGAUCUCGCGUGGACGAUCAUUAUUCGCGAGAAGUCAUAAAUAAUAAAGGGGAUUACGUAGGUCGGUAGCCGACGGUAAUUGAAUGAAAAUAAUGUAGAGGUAUCGUGUUGUACGGCUCAGCCAAUCGUGACCCAGGUGAGUCUGUGGCACCCUCGGCGCAUCCCCCGUAGUCUACCUAUAUAAAGGGUGUCAUCUCUGACCCGGGACACUCGUGCCAUCAGCAACAGGCCGCAACCGUCGCGUGUCUCUCUCCUCUUCUACGUUUCCGAUCGUCGUGUGCAGUGCAACCGGAAGUCGGCAACCGACCACUGGAUAAUUCGUCCGGACAUACCUGCGACAUGAGGAGCGCGUUGUACGUGUUACCCCUGGUCUGCAACGUGCUGGUGUCGUCGUCGGUGUUGACCCCUUUGAAGAGCGAGGGUCUCAGGAUCUUCAAGGAUGCGCCCAGCGACUUUGAAUACGUUCUGAAGAGACACGACGCGAACGAUCGGUCCGAGGAUCCAGACUCCAAGGAACGAAGGAGCAACAUGGGCUCGUCGUUCAUCAGAUACGGCCGCAGCGGUCCCGAUGCUCAACGGACCUACGACGAGGACGACGGUAGCACCAAAGUCGACAGAUAUCCCCGUUUCAAGUCACCUGAUAUCGUCAUCAGGUUCGGCAGGUCCGGCUAUAAAAACGGCGAGUUCAAGAGAGGAAGGAACGAUUUAAAUUUCAUCAGAUACGGCAGGAACGUGCCGACGUACCCGGUCGAAAUCGACGUCACGGCCAUGUGCACCGAGUUACUGUCCACCGAGCAAUCCAAGGAUCUGCAUCCCUACGAAGCUAAGCUGUUACGUCUCUGCGACGUUCUCAACAGCGUCGACGAGCACAGGAACAGCUUGGACUUCCUGCAGGACUCGAAGCACGAUUAAAAAAAAAAACUGUAUACCCUGAUCGUGUACCGACGCCUCAAUUACGAUUCGACGUUGUUAUCGGCUGCUCCGUACAUACGUGUAUAUUGUAUAUUGUCUUGUGUCACGCAUUUAUUCCUCUUCUGUAUUCUCGGUUUUCCUUAAGAAUCGUGGAUCAACGGCGAUCCUACUUGAUCGAUUUAUUUCACUGUAUAUAAUCGAGAAAUUCUCAGUUCGCUGACGAGUAACGCUGUUUCUGGCUACUUCAACGUGCAUCCACCUGUGUAUUCAAUGUACAUAUGAAAGUAUAUUAAUCGGUCGGUCAGCUUCGGUGGUAAUAACCGAUUGCCUUGAUUAGGUGAUCAAAGCGAGCGAUCGGAAUCUUUAGUCGAAGCCAAUCGUCCUCGAAGUACAGAAGACUAUAAUUAAUUGCCAGAGAACACGCAAUCUGUUCUGACACUGUAUUUUUUUUUUUUUUGUUAUCGUUCGUUUAAAGGAAUUCACGUUUCUGGUACGAUAAGAACUAGCAUUACGAUAUUACGAAUUGUCUGUAAUCAUUCUUAAACAAAUGUCAAUGUAAAUUUAAUACAUGUAAAUGUAAUUAAAUAAUGAAGAAAAGUAGCUGGA